UGGCAAAACGGUAUGAAGUGCAUUGCGUUUUUACAAAAUGAACUAUGACGUGUACGUUUGCAUGUAGUGCAAUUAAAUCCGUGUGCUUGUAUAGAUACGUUUUGUGUGUAAUAUUAAUGUGGACAAAACUACGGCAAUUUAAUUAUUAUACAGCCAGUGUCUUAUAAUCAAAAGUGCUUAUUAAGUAGGGAAAUGGGUAUUCGAUUAAAGUUCGGAGAUAAACCGUGGACAAAACGAAAACAGAGAAGAUUUUGAUGCGUUGGAAGAUGCGGAAUUUGGCGGUCGCCACGCUGUUGCUGGUAACCGCUAAUACGGUGCUGGCGGCCGGCGGACGGCCACGUGGCGUGGCCGACCGUCAGCAAGCUUAUAGUGACGAGCAGCCCGAAACGCCGUCCGCUGUCCAGUGUUCAAGUUGUUUGGCUCACGAUCAACUCAAGUCGCUCAGUAUAGAGCUCAUCAAAGACUCGAUACUCAGUAAGUUGGGCAUGAAGCGUCCUCCAGAGUUCGGUGGACGACGGCCGCCAAAGGUGCCAGCCGACUUGCCGCCGCUCAAAGAUCUCAUUCACACUUACAACGACCUCAGCGGUUCCGUGGUGGUGCGGCCGCACAUUCGACACAAAUCGCACCAUUCCGAAGCGUCUGGCGAUAGCUCGGACAUGCAAAGCGACGAGGCGUCCAGAUACGCGACGACCAAGUCGCCGGGGACCCCGUACGUGGACAGCAGUGAUGACGACGACUACCACAUGAAGACGCACAAACUCAUCGCAUUCGCGCAACCACAUCCCACGACGCCGAAACUGCGGAACCAUCAUUUGCUGUAUUUCACAUUUUCUGAGAAAAUAUGUCAGCACAGAAUAACCAAGGCGAUCCUGUGGGUGUACAAAAAACGCUCAACCGCUGAGUUGCACCAAACUGAACAGGUGAUCAACAUUGAAGUGAGCAGGAUUCAUCCGGUCAUGAUGAACCAGCUGUUGUAUGUGACUAACGUAAAGUUUGUAGUGAAUACGACUGAACCAAGUUGGGUGUCCAUUAACCUACAGAAACUCAUGUCCGAUUGGUUCAAGACCACGGACGCGGCCAAGAACUUGACGCUUAUGGUCCGUGCAACUUACGCGAACGUAAACAUGACACACUCCAAGACAUCAUUUGUUACGGACGCCAGGAGAAGAGAUGACAUGACUGAGAUCCCGUACUUGGAGGUGCAUACCCUUGACGACAGGCUGUCUCGAGCCAAACGGAACACGGGCAACGGGCUAAUUUGCAACGAGACGUCCGUGGAGGAAACUCGAUGUUGCCGGUACCCGCUAACCGUUGAUUUUGAAGAGUUUGGCUGGAAUUGGAUUCUGGCGCCCACGAAGUAUGAGGCAAACUACUGUUCCGGUACGUGCGACCCGAUGCUGUUCAUGAAAUACCCGCACACGCAUCUAGUGCAAAUGACCAAGUUCGACGUAGGGCCGUGUUGUGCGCCACGAAAAAUGACAUCCAUAUCUAUGAUUUACUACGACAGUAACCUUAACAUUGUUUAUGGUACGGUGCCUGGUAUGGUUGUGGACAGGUGUGGCUGCAGCUAAUUACGCACGUUCGGUCACGCACUGUAAAUCAUUCAUAAAAUAGGUACACACAUUUUCAAAACGGUAAUAAUAGUACUUAACUCGAGUACAAAGUAAAUCAAACAAAUAUACUCGUACACGUAUCGUACUUAUGACACUUUGGUAAUUAUGUGACUUUUUUUUUAAAUGUCUACAGAUAACAAAAUCGAAAUAUUUAUGUCGUGAUUUAUUUUUUUACGAUUAUAUAUUGUGCCACAAGUAUAUAUUUUAUUUAUUUGCACAGUGUUUUACUGUAAAUAUUUUCUAUCGUAUAUUUCAUUUUUUACUACAUUUUUUAAAAUUAGUUUAAGUUAAUACCAAACUGGAAAAUGUAUGAGUUAUGACAAUUGUAAAUUAAAAUCUAUAGUUUUUUUUUUUUUCAUUAAUAAUGUACCAUAAUAUGACGUCCAAGUAAAAAUGAUGAAAUUUUUUGUUACCAUGUUGCAUAUUUAUUAAUUUUUUGUUUACUUGGCAGUUAAGCACUUAUUCAUACGGAUUUUAUUUAAAAUGAUAAUUUAAAAUUGAGAAAUUAAAAAUCGUAACAUUAAAUUAGACUUAAUUAACAUGUGUGAAACAUAUCUCAGGUUUGAGAUAUUGUAAUUAACGUUAUCUAAAAAUAUUAACUUCUCAUCUAGUAUUUAAAACUUUAAUGCAAAUUCACAACAGCAUGUUUAGCUUAAAUAAUUUUAAGUAUAUUUUUUAAUUUUAUAUUAAAUAAUGUAUACGCUUCGUUUCCUCGAAUUUAGCUUAAUGAUAUCAAAUAGAUAAUACAAACAUUUGGCAUAGUUUCAUUAUUUUAUUAAAUCAAAUGUGAUUGUGAUGUAAAAACAACAUUUUAGUUCAAUUAAUUUUCUGUAUAUAAAAUAUGUUUAAUGUUUAAAAAAGUAUAAACCAGUCACAAAAUAAUGCGAAAAAAUGUUUUCCAAAGAUGUGUUUCCUUUACAAUUCAUUCAGAUGCCAUUGUGUAAGAACACGUAUAAACUCGGAAUGUUUCUGCUCGAUAAAGUUUAGCGUGAAAAUAAAUUAAAUUCAUGUAAUUAACUCUGUAUCUUUAUUCAUUACGGUUAAAUAGUAAUAUAUCAUUUUCAUAGUUUGUAGAUCUUAGAACAUAUUAUAUUGUUAGUUUUUAAUAUUAUUAGAGUAAUAUUGCACAACGACUGAUUAAUAAUAGUGCAAUAAAUAUGUCAAUUUGCUUACGAAUUUAUUUAUAUAUUUAAUGUCUCUGUAUACAUAACAAUCAUUAAACAAUUUAGUAAAUAAAACGAAUUACAUAUUUUAUUUCCUAUUAAAUUGCAAAUAAUAUAUUCUCCGUGUGACUCGACACACAGGUGUAUAAUCCGAAACUAAUUAUGAUUCCUUCUACUUAACGUACAAUUCAAUGUACUAGGGUGUUGGUAUUCGCACUGCGUAACCGGAUGGUUGGUACCCAGUUAACGUCACCCCAGUGCGAUGUGCAUGUGGUGCGUCUCACGAUACUUAAAUAACAAAAAUAUUGUGUAAAUCGUAUAUUUU